AAGGCAUGUCCCUGUCUAGAUCGGUGCCUCUGUCCUUUUGCGCGCUAUGUGUGGCGUCUGUGGAUGGAGUUUCUGUCGCGUCCAUCCUCGGAUGAAAAUCUGGAAUAUAUGAGACGCGGUCAUGAAUUCUUAUCAAGGGUUCAGGGACACAACGUCACUGUUCAUCAAGGGCUAUCAUGCUACUGGAGUAAUGCGUCUGCAUCAGGACCACGGAGUUACUGACUUCCCAGGCAGAGAGGAGGGACAUGUCAACACCGAGGCGGAUUUUCUUCGGUAUCAUUUAACGAAUCUCUGUGCCACGGCCACAGGUGCGUGUUCAAAGCCCUGUGAGGACCCUGGCAGUGCUAACUCGACCAGACCCCCCUUCCCCCAUAAUCAAGAUUUCUAUAGACCAAUACACCCCAUCCGACCCCAAGUCCCCUCCUUCCAAAGCUGUCGUGAGCGGGGUCUCUCCAGAACGGGCUUCUCGCCCUCCUCAGACACUUUAAAAACUUUCUCCGGCGCGCAUUGUGAACUCGGCCCUGUCAACAACACACACCUCGAUGUGCACACAUGCGACGGCCCAGUGCUUCACCCUGCAGUUGAGGACGAUAAUACCAGACACGAGGCACUAAAAACGUUCAAUGAGACAUUGCAAUGCGGAAAGACAUUCGAUUGGAUGAGAGUGAGGAGAAAUCAGUCCCAUACAGCUAAGAUAUAUCUGCUGAAGACGGACCACGGACGAUAUUCUGAGGAGGACCCCUCGAGUGGAGCACCACGAACAAAUUUUACAACCAAACAACUCACAGAACUGGAAAAGGAGUUUCAUUUCGACAAAUAUCUGACUCGAGCUAGACGGACAGAGAUCGCAAACAGUCUCCAGCUGAGCGAAACACAAGUGAAGAUCUGGUUUCAAAACAGGCGCAUGAAACAGAAGAAAAUGCUGCGGGAAGGCCUAUUUCCAGGACUAAUGCUGAUUUCUGGGUGUGAUGAGGACUCGAAAAAAACUGACACUUGUUCAUCUCCUGACAAAAGAUCAUUUCUGGUAGGGUAAGAUUGUGGGACGGCUGCCAUAGGCUACACUAACAUCUGAACGCUUAAAAUAUAUUUACACACCCAAAAAUGAAG